UUCUCUUCAAUUUCUUGCUUCUUCUUCUCCUUCUUCUUCAACUUUACCUCAGAAGGAAGAACAAGUCCUGCAAAACCCAGAUCAUCAAUCAUGUCUCAGCAUUCCAACUAUCAAAUGGCCACUGCUUCUGAUUACUAUUCGACAAAACCGGUCAUGUCAGGAACUAAGAGCCACAAACUCAUCUCUAGUUUGUUUGAAGGAAAGUCUCUAUCUGAUUGUGAAUCAGCUUGGAGCCCAACUUCUCCUUUGGAUUUCAGAUUGUUCUCGACUUUAGGGAACCCUUUUGGUGCUUCUUCUUCUUCUUUGAGGUCAAUCUGGAAAGGGAAACAGAAGAGCUGGGAUUCUGGUAAAGUUGGCUUGAGCAUUGUUCAUUCUCUUGUUGAUCAUCACACUGAUUCAUCAUCAAGGAUUGUUCUCCCAUCACCGGAUAGUAAAAGCAUAAUCUUUGGGUCCUUGAUGAGAAGUGGCAACCCCAAAUGUCAGAAACCUCUUCUACUCUCUCAACCCCUUGCCAAAGCUCUGAUGCCCAAGAAUGAUAUUCCCAAUGUUGUUUUUGAGAUUGGACAAGAUGUGAUUGAUGUGGUUGAGCUUCGAAAAUCUGGCUCGGUCGAUGCUGCUUACUGUUCCGGUGCUGGGAACUUCAGUGUGAACAACAAUGCUUGUCAGGUGAUCAAGCAAGCCCCAGGAUCACUUAAUGGGGGCACUGGAAGUGACAUUGAGAUCUCAGAGGACUACACUUGUGUUAUUUCUCAUGGUCCUAACCCCACAACCACCCAUUUUUACGGGGAUCAGGUUCUGGAGUCCGUAGAGAACAAUGAGUUGAAGAACCGUUGUGGCAGUAACAAGAAAGAGAGCAUUUUUGCAGUUGCUCCUCUCGACUUGACAACACCUGUUGAUGUGUUACCUCCCAAAGACUUCUUGAGCUUCUGCUACGGCUGUAGCAAGAAGUUGGUUAUGGGGAAAGAUAUAUACAUGUACAGUGGAUACAAAGCGUUCUGCAGUAGUGAGUGCCGUUCAAAGGAGAUAGAUCGGGAUGAGAAAAUGGAGGGUGAAGAAAAAGAAGAAGCAAUCAAGUCUGCCUCGUCUUCAGAGAAGGACCUGUCUAAGAAGAAGAGUAACGGUGUGUUCUUCACCGUGGGCUGAAUCCAAUGCUCCCACCAUUUCCAUGAUCGAUUUGAGUCCAUGAAAAGAGGAAAAGUAGAAGCUUGAGCUGAUCAUCUGUUCAAGAAAAAGAGCUGUUGGUUUAUUUAAACCGAGGCGGCCAUGGAUGAUCAUUUUUGUAUAUUGCUUGUGCUUCUGCUACCUAACAAAAAAAAUACUUUUGGUCUCAUCUCUCAUGGUUUUGGUGGGUGAUUGAUUGGAACUAUGUCUCUUGUUAUGGAUAUUUAAAUUAUGGUUCAUAUAUUCAGAUAUGAUAAUCUUAACUUAUAUAAGAGGAGGGUAGAAGCCGGUUUAUGUGGUUCCCCUCCGGUUAUCUCUUUUUCAUUUGUUAAUUUUUGAUGCUACCUUGAAAAUCUUAAAGGAGUCAGUGGUCAAUGUAUUAAGUCCAUGAAAGGAGGUACUAUGAAGAAGAAAGUUGUCCACCUUUUUGUUCUUUCCCUUUGUGUAUAUAUCAUAUGAUAGUAAAAUCUGAAUUUGUCC